GAAUGCCCCUAUAGUUUUAUCAUUCAUUUUUGAACAAGAUUGUUUACGAAGGCUGUCUAUCGCCUGUUUGAUUAUUUGCCUCUGAAACAUCGGCAAAAGUCAUUCAAAGGCCGCCUUCUUUUUGUAUUUUUCGCAAACUGCAAGGCACAUAAAAGAAGCUGAUUAAAAAAGAAAAGUUUUGGUUACAAAUUAUAGCUUCAUCUUGUAGCUUGGUUAUGUUAUUGAUUGGUUAUUGGUGACCUUUGCCGGCCGGAAUGACAUGCGGCUUGAGCAGGAACUUGAAAAGGAAAGGGUUGAGAGUUAGCUUGCUGGAAGAUUGAUAUAAGGUUAUUUUAGACUUUUUACUUAUUCUUAAAUAAACUGUGGCCCUAGCAUCUGGUGAUUUCUAAAACCCCAGAAAACGGAACCGCGAAGAUUAAUCCUCGCAGAAUCAUCUCUCUUCUUCUGGUUUCCUACUAAAUCUUAAUCUUAACUUCUUAGUGAGUGAAAUUAGGAUGGUGUUUGGGCAAGUAGUCAUAGGUCCACCUGGAUCUGGAAAAACCACUUAUUGCAAUGGCAUGUCUCAGUUCCUUAGCCUCAUCGGAAGGAAGGUUGCAGUCAUCAAUUUGGAUCCUGCAAAUGAUUCGUUGCCAUAUGACUGUGCUGUGAAUAUUGAGGAUCUCAUUAAGCUAAGUGAUGUAAUGAUGGAGCAUUCUCUUGGUCCCAAUGGAGGUCUUGUGUAUUGCAUGGAUUAUUUGGAGAAGAAUAUCGACUGGUUGCAAUCUAAAUUGGAACCUCUGUUGAAAGAUCACUACCUUCUUUUUGAUUUUCCUGGUCAGGUGGAAUUAUUUUUUCUUCACUCAAAUGCCAAGAAUGUUAUAAUGAAACUCAUCAAGAAGUUGAACCUUAGGUUGACAGUUGUACAUUUAGUUGAUGCCCAUCUCUGCAGUGAUCCUGGGAAAUAUAUUAGUGCAUUGCUUCUCUCCUUAUCAACUAUGCUUCAUCUGGAACUCCCUCACAUUAAUGUCUUGUCUAAGAUUGAUCUAAUUGAGAGCUAUGGAAAACUAGCUUUCAACCUCGAUUUCUACACAGAUGUUCAAAACUUAUCAUAUUUGCAGCGCCACCUUGAUGAGGAUCCUCGUGCUUCUAAGUACAGAAAACUUACAAAGGAGCUAUGUGAGGUGAUAGAAGAUUACAGUCUAGUUGAUUUCGCAACCUUAGAUAUCCAGGAUAAAGAGAGCGUAGGAAAUCUUGUGAAAUUGAUAGACAAAAGCAAUGGGUACAUAUUUGCUGGCAUUGAUGCCAGUGCAGUUGAAUUCAGCAAAAUUGCAGUCCGCCCUGUUGAUUGGGAUUAUUACAGGGUGGCAGCAGUGCAAGAGAAGUACAUGAAAGAUGAUGAAAAUUUUGAUUAUGACAAUAACUAAACCUCAUUAAGGAGUUUCACAUAUCAUAUAUAUACUGCUCAAUACAGGUCACGGAUUUUACCUGUAGAAGAUACUGAUCGAAGGAGUUGGUUCUUCUCUCCACCUGUCUUCCUGAGGGAUGCGACGAAAGCAGAGAACAUCUUUUUGUGGUUUUCUGAAGUGAAGAAUGUUCAACAUCAAAAAAUGUUUAACCAAUGUUAGAUCAACAUAUCAAAAGAUAUAUGGGGCAGUUUUGUCAACGUGUUCCACCUGAAUGUUGGAAAAAUUUUAUUCCCUUGUUUCUGGAGAGAAAUACUCAUUACACUGCUAUGUUCCAAAUGUUUUAAAAUGACUGCAAUCUGGUUUUAUUUCAGCA